AUGGCAACCUUGAUAGACAAGGAAUGGCUCAUAACCGCUGCUCGUUGCCUUUACCUGGCGCUUGGACCUGCUGGCUCAAAAUUUGCUCCAAUUCCCGCACCUCACAUCAAGGUUGAACUUGGAGCGUUUAAACGAGGGUCAUCCAAUCACCAACCAGUACUUCAUCAAGUGUCCGAAAUAGUAAUCCACAAAGAUUUUGAUCCCAAGAAGCUGUCAGGAAACAUCGCGCUGGUUCGUUUGGCCAAACCAGUGAAAUUCACCUCCAAAAUAAGCCCAAUCUGUAUGCCGACUAGAACGGAGGUCCAGAGUAUUUUACAACAUGGAAACUCCAUCGGUGUUGUAGUUGGGUGGGGUAAGGAUGUAAAUCACCGAGUCAAAAGCUCUCUGCACGAGGCAGCUGUAUCUGUAGUACAUCGAUCUCAUUGCAAGUGGGCCAACAUGAGCUUCGUGGUUAACAACAUGAUAUGCGCUGGUUACAAGGAACAGCAGGACAAGACCUGUAUUGGUGACAGUGGUUCCCCAUUGAUGUUCUUGGUCGCUAGCCGUGGUCAACACCCCACUAAGUGGGUACUAGGUGGAGUCAUGAGCUGGGGCUUGAAAGAAUUUCUGCAUGGCUGCCAUAGCAACUACCGUUAUACUGCAUACACCAGUGUUGGGAGAAACUUGAAGUGGAUCAAGUUCAAAGGCAAGAGCCACAAGGGGAAUACUAAAUAG